AUGACCAGCCUGGUUAACAUGGUCUCGGCUACCAGGGAAAGGCUUCUAUAUCUGAUGUCUGCAAGAGGAUCACCUUUCGGGGUAGACAUGGAUUUGUCUCCUUAUUGCGAGGCACUGCAGAAUAUCGUUGAUGCAUUGAUGUUGGUACGAUCCAAAACAGAAACAGAACGACAAUCUGAGAGGAUUUUAGAAGUUAAAAGAAGGAUCAGAAGCCUGCUGUUUACAAUUGAGAACGAGGUGGAGCUUUAUGGCCUCCAACAUGAAUCUGGAGGAUCUGGAAGUGGAUACAAGGUCAGGGGUAUCAUCCGUAGUUGCAUACAAGGUCUUAACAAAAGUCGCGCAAAGUUGGAUAUCAUCCAUAACCAGCUCAGUGACGCUGUCGUCGAGUACAACAGAGAACAAGCUCCGGAUCUACCUAUGGUCAAUCAUGAUAUAAGAAGUAUAAAUGAUAUAAGAAGUAUAAAAGUUUCCCACACUUCAGAAAAGGCCCAACGGCUGGUUUCUCGAGCUAAUUACUCCAACGACUUGGAACAUACUGUUGGAUUGGAGGAGGCCAUAAGUCGACUGGUAAAAGUUUUAGUCCCUGGAGACACUGAUGCCAAAGUAGUGAUUGCUUCCAUUUGCGGCGAAGGUGGAAUCGGCAAAACAACCCUUGCAAACAAAGUGUACAACCAGCAUCAGAUCCGGAGUCAUUUUGAGUGUUUCGCCUGGGUCUACGUCGGUAUCAACUGGACGAUUAGAGAUAUCUUGGUCAAUAUACUCCACCAAUUGCUUCCCUCGCGACUGACCAAGAAGAACAAAGAGUUGAUGAUGAUGACGAUGGUGGACGUUGAGGACGUGGAGUUGGCUCAACAGGUACACGAAGUUCUACAAGAAAAUGUUUGCCUAAUUGUGCUGGACAAUUGUUGUACCUAUGAAUUCUGGGAUAGCCUGCGCAUGGCCUUGCCAACCGAGGAGGAGAAUGCUAGCAGAUUCAUCCUUACCACUCGGCAGAGGGAUUUAGCUGUUCGUGUUGGUGCGGGAUUCAUCUGGGACAUGCAAAAUCUCGAUCCCGACCAAAGCUGGGAAUUAUUCUCCUAUUGGCGAGACUUAGCGUUCAAGGACGAUUUUUAG